AUGGGUUGUUUAGUUUCGACGCCUGAGGAGGUGGAUAAGGGAGCCAUUCAGCGUAGCGCACGCAUAGACCGGGGUCUUAAGAAUGACAAGAAGACACUGGACCGGACGAUCAAAAUUCUGCUAUUAGGAGCGGGAGAGUCGGGCAAGUCCACCAUUAUCAAGCAGAUGCGAAUCAUUCAUAGCCGGGGCUUUCCCGAGGAAGAGCGUCACCAAACCCGUGCGAUUAUUUACUCGAACCUUCUCAUUGCCUUCAAAGUCUUGUUGGAUAUCAUGAAUGCCGAAGAGAUUGAUUUUGAGAAUGAAGAAAAGACCAGACCAUGUGCGGAACUAUUAGACAAGACCGACCCAGAUGUAGGGUCUGACGAAGCUUUCUCAAAUCUCGAGGUUCGCGAUGCGAUGAGAGUCAUGUGGAACGAUGAAGGCGUUAAGAAGGCGGUUGCACGAGGUCAUGAAUUUGCUCUUCAUGACAACUUGUACUAUUUCUACGAAUCUCUCGACCGCAUUUUCGCUCCGGGUUGGCUCCCUGACAACCAGGACAUGCUGCAGGCUCGACUUCGGACGACAGGUAUUACGGAAACUCUGUUUGAACUCGGACAAAUGAACUUCCGCAUGAUGGAUGUUGGAGGACAGCGAUCAGAGCGGAAAAAAUGGAUCCAUUGCUUUGAAGGUGUCCAAUGCCUGUUGUUCAUGGUUGCCUUGUCUGGAUAUGAUCAAUGUCUGGUUGAAGAUCAGAACGCUAAUCAAAUGCACGAGGCCAUGAUGUUAUUCGAAUCACUAGUCAACGGUGAAUGGUUCAAACGUAAACCAAUCAUCCUCUUCCUCAACAAGAUCGAUCUCUUCAAGGGGAAACUUGCCAUCUCCCCUAUCUCGAAACACUUCCCCGAUUAUGCUGGCUCCAGCACCGAUUAUGAUUCCGCAGCACAAUACUUUGCAGAUCGGUUCCGAGGCAUCAACCGAAUUCCAGACCGCGAGAUUUAUAUUCAUUACACCAACGCAACUGAUACAACGCUGCUUAAGGCGACCAUGGAUUCAGUGCAGGACAUGAUCAUCCAGAAGAAUUUGCAUACCUUGAUUUUAUAA